CCUUGCAAAGCCGCCUUCCCUUUGGUAAUGUUGACUGAACGCCACCCAAAAUGUCCGCCAGCAAUCACCGCCACAUGCUCGCGCUACUGGCUCGAUGACAUCGUUACCUGCACACACUUACAGAUGGUAGAUGACUGUGGUUGCGUGUGUUUGAGUGUCUCGUAGUAGGAAAGACGUCUGUGAUUCAGUCUGUAACGGCUUGCUCGACGUCUGGCCAGCUACACCGCCAGGUGGUCAAGAUGGGCUGGUCGUUUGUGAGUGGAGUACACCUGAUGGUGUGUCUUCUGUUUACAGCAGGCUCUGAACCUCCAGGUUUGACUCAGGACACCUUGAACUACAUGGCAAAAUACUUGCAGGUUAAGUACGACAUUAUUGAUAAUCUUCAGAGCAAGCGGGCACAGCUUACGUUUUUCAACAGCGGGGCACACACCGUGCCCGGGCAGGGCUGGUCUCUCUACUUCUGCAGCCUUCGCCGACCUGGUUUACUUCAGGAUCAAGGGAUGCGAAUCACACGAAUCCAAAGUUGUUUCCAUCGACUGGCUCCAGAAGUCAACUUCAAGGAUAUCGCUAGUGGUGAGAGCCGUUCUCUCCAGUUUGUGAAUGGUGCUUUCUCUGUGGCGAGGACUGACUCCUUCCCGAACUGGUACCUGGCGGCAGAUGGACUGGAACCACGGGUGCUGGUUUCCACAGCGGGAGAGGAACUCAGCUUUGUUGGUCCCUUUGACACCCCUAACAAGUGGAAACGAUACGACAGACAGACCGAGGACAGGGAUUACCGUGACCGCUACAAUUCUCUCACGCCAGAGGAAAGGUUUGAAGCGAAUGCGAUGGAGGAUUUGGGAGAGGCCGGAAAACGCGUGCUUCCGACGCCAGUGAGUAUACAUAUCAACGAGGAGCAGUACGUGCAUCUGAACACAAAGGACUGGGUCGUCGUCUCACCUGCUAAAUUCUCGCCACAAGCUGCUUUCUUGGGUGACCGCCUGUCUGUUAGUGUCACACACGUUAAGCCACACAGUCGCUUCAUUGUCUUCACGGACGCUGCAGUCACGGCCUCCGUGAGGGGGAGAGAACUCUCAGGGUCUGAAGCUUAUGCUCUGAACGUUGACCCGGAAGAGGAAGUAGUGGAGAUCAAGGCAAGUUCACCAGCUGGUGCAUUCUAUGGUGCAGUCACGCUGCUCAGCAUCAAAAAUGAAAACGACACGGUUCCUAAGGUCAGCGUUGUGGAUUGUCCUCGGUACGCGUACCGCGGUCUCAUGCUGGACGUGGCCCGGAACUUCUUCUCGGUGCGCGACGUCAUGGCGUUGCUGGAGGUGAUGAGUCUGUACAAGCUGAACACGCUUCACCUCCACCUCAGUGACGACGAGGGGUGGCGACUGCAGAUACCUGAAAUAAUGGAACUGACAGAGGUAGGAGGCAGACGCUGUCAUGACUUACAAGAGAACCAGUGCAUUCUGCCUUUCCUGGGGUCAGGGCCGACCCCUGCUCCUCGAGGAUCAGGCUUUUACACCGUGGAAGACUAUCGCAACAUGUUACGCUACGCCGCAGAUCGCCACAUCCGGGUUAUUCCGGAGUUCGACAUGCCGGGUCAUGGACACGCAGCCAUACGGGCCAUGGAGGCGAGGAGAAACUUGCAAGCUGCCAACCUGUCCUCUGACACCAGCAGUCGAUACAGUUUGGUCGACCAUACUGACCCAUCAUGGGACAAACUGGAUGAGUCCAACAUGUAUACUGACAACGCUGUCAACCCUUGUAUCCCAUCCACGUACAACUUCGUCAGCACCGUUGUCCAAGCGCUCGUCGACAUGCAUCGUGACGUCAUGCCCCUUACCGCCUACCAUUUCGGGGGAGACGAGGUGCCAGCGGGAGCGUGGCGUAACUCCACGGCGUGCGCAGCGCUGCUUCCUGGCCUCGACCUCUCUUCUAACGCCGAUCUCAAGAAAUACUUUGCUAAGCAGGUCUCCAACAUAACAGCACACUUUGGUCUUGACCUCGCGGUGUGGGAGGACGGUCUGAUGGAAGGAAACUUGGUCUUCGAACGAAGCCUGUUGCCGAAUGGCCAGGUGUAUGCCUACGCCUGGGACAACAUUUGGGAAUGGGGGAGGGCUGGCAGGGCAUACCAGCUGGCUAACGCUGGUUACAAAGUGGUAAUGGCCCAAGCCACACAUUUGUACUUCGACCAACCCUACGAGCCGGACCCUGAAGAGAGAGGGAUAUAUUGGGCUUCGCGGGUGACUAGCACCAAAAAGACUUUCUCUUUUAUGCCCUCUGACCUUUAUGCCAAUGCAGACUUCGCGGUGACGGGCGCGCCUCUAAAGCCGCAGGACCUGUGUGGAUUAGAUGGCAGUCAGUGCGUUGUAUUGAAGAGACCGGAGAACAUAAUAGGUAUGCAAGGCGAGCUGUGGAGCGAAGCGGUACGCACGCGACAGCAGGCAGACUUCAUGCUGUUCCCCCGGGUCCUGGCGCUGGCUGAGCGUGCGUGGCAUGAGGCGGAGUGGGAGGGCACAAGGGAUGUGGACAACAACAACACGCGCGCGGUUGAGGAGGAGUUGCAGCAGGACUGGGUCCAAUUCGCCAACACCCUGGGAUACCGGGAGCUGGACAGGCUGGACAGGCUGGGCAUCGAAUACAGGGUCCCGCCUCCCGGGGUCAAAAUCUCAAACGGUCGCCUCCUGACAAACGUGGAGUUUCCGGGCCUUCAAGUUCAAUACAGUCCAGACAAUGGCGCCACCUGGUGUGAUGCCAGCAACGUAACCAAGCCAUCUUCUCCUAAAAUGAUCUUUCGAACACGAUCAGCAUCGGGAAGCCGAUACAGCCGCCACAUCAUCCUGCUGGUCCAAGAAGAUGUCACUUCCGGCUGUGUCAUAAUUGGAGGACAACUGGCCACGAUGCUGCUCGUUCUCGCUGGAGUUAUGAUUGGCUCAGCAGGAGUAGGUGGUCAUCUACAUCUCCUCUAGAUGGAGAAGACCUAAGCUGGACGAUAAAGCGAGUAGUCCUUCUUCGUUCUGAAUGACCUGCAUUUUUAUUUGAUCCAUAUGGAGGAUUCUAGAGAAAGUUCCAAGAGUCUGCUAAACGUGUCUUGCUCUUCUGUUGUAGUACUGAAAUAAGAGAUUUGUGAGAACUGAGAGAAGACUGGGAGCAGACAAUUUAUUGAUGUUCAGAAAGGCAGCAAUCGAAUACUUGAAUAACAUGAGAAUUUUGAUGAAAAGAGUAUACUGCUAGUAUUUUUUGGUUUCAGUAAAAUGUUUUUACUAAUUAAUCAAAAAGCACAACUCCAUUUUCAGAAAUAUUGAUGUUUUGGUAGAAUAGUCUGACACAUUUUUAAGCAGUAGUUCGCGUGCGUGUGUAAGUGGGAAGGAGGAAUGGGAAACAACCACACACACACAUAUUCACGCCCACAGUGAUCGACAGACCUGAACAUACAAAAAAUGGCAUGUAGGUAAAAUGUAUUAAUUUUCUAAUAUUUGUCACAAUUAUCAAUUAUUUGAAAUAUAUGUAUAUCAUCCACAUUUGCGCGCACGCACAAUCACAGACACAGGUAUAUGGAAGAAAUGGCGUGCGUGUGUGUGUGUGUGCGCAUAUUCUAUGAAGUGGUAAGGAAGUCCUGCAACUUUUCUGAGCCGUAUUAAGUAAUGCGUACAUGUAAUACGGAGAAUUAAGCUUAUUUUAGGAAAUAUUCUGACAGCAUUUCGUAUAAACACUUCCACACGCUCCGGAUUCUAAACUGGUUAUAAAGAAAAUUAAAUAUUCUUUUGCUCAAGCGCGGCAGUGUAAUAGUUUUUGUGUUAGAAACAAGUAGUCACAGUCUUCCAUAAAUACCCAGCGGUCAUUCAUACAACGACGACGAACAUCAUGGUAUCAAACAUAUGGUUUGACAUCAGAUGGAAUACGUUAUAACUGAUCCAGAGGUUAGUCCCUUGUUUUGGUCACCGAACAUCGUGGUAACGACUCUUGUUGGGAAGAUGGGGAGACGUUCACUUUGCACGUGCACGCGCGAAACUACAGUGAACGGUGUGGUGAACUUUGGAUGCAAACAUAAUGCACACCAACACUGUGGGAGAGAUCAAUAGACUAACUACAUGGGGGGAGCUAAAUGGAAGCAAAGAACUAAAACCUGACGUCAAUACCUGCCUGAUUCUUCAACUCGGUGAAUUCAGUUACAGAAAUAAUCCUGACACUUUGAUUUCCGAGCAAAUAAAGGAGCUCGUUGAAAGG